AUGGAGGACACACGGCAAUCCGCGAUCCGCCGCCGUCACUGGGCUCUCGUCCGCCUUCAGCUCGAUGCCGAUUGGCUGGCGGAAGAACGGCGGAACGACCUCCCGCGCGGCGUCCGCCAGGCGGUGCGCGAACUGCACGAGUGCGAGUGGGUGUGGGUGAUCGAUCCGAUCGACGGCACGGCGAGCUUCAUCACGGGCAAGCCGCUCUUCGGCACGCUCGUCGCGCUGCUGCACCGCGGCCGCCCCGUGCUGGGCGUGCUGGAGCAGCCCGUGCUGCGCGAGCGAUGGGUCGGCGUCGCGGGCCGCCCCACCACCUUCAACGGCGUCCCGGUCGCCACGCGCCGCUGCGCCGACCUGCGCGACGCGUACGUGUACACCACGUCGCCGGACCUCUUCCCCGGCGCCAGCGGCGAGGCGUUCCGCGCGGUGAAGAGCGGUGCGCGCAAGGCGAACUACGGGUGCGACUGCUACGCGUUCGGGCUGCUGGCGAGCGGGUUCGUGGACGUGGCUCUGGAGUUCGGCGUGAAGCCGUGGGACUACCUCGCUCUCGUCCCCAUUGUGGCGGGCGCGGGCGGGCGCAUGAGCGACUGGCGCGGGCGCGAGCUGCGGCUGGCGUCGCUGCGCGCGGAGGACUGGGUGGGCGACGUGGUGGCGACGGGCGACGCGCAGCUGCAUGCGACGGUGCUGGCGACGCUGGCUUGGGAGCAGCGCGGCAAGGGCGAGUGA